AUGUCGCAUAUCGAUUACGCUCUGUACGAGUCGCCCGUGGGCUAUGCCCUCUUCAAGGUGAUCCAUCAACAGGAUGCCGUGGGCCUGAAGUUGAAGGAGACUCAAGCCGCUGGCAAUGAUCUCGCCAAGUUUGGCAAGAUGGUCCAGCUCGCCAAUUUCACUCCCUUCAGGGGUCACGUUGAGGCUCUGGAGAACAUCAACCUCGUCUCCGAGGGUAUCGUCUCCGACUACCUCAAGAACGUCCUCGAACUCAACCUUCCCAAGACCAGCGGCAAGAAGUCCAAGGUCGUGCUGGGUGUCUCCGAGAAGAACCUUGCUGGCGCGAUCAAGGCCGAGUUCCCCGGCCUCGAGUGCGAGACCGCCGACACCAACGAGAUUGUCGCGGACGUCAUCCGCGGCAUUCGCCUGCACGCCGACAAGCUGCUCUCCAACCUCAAGUCCGGCGAUGUCGAGAAGGCCGGUCUGGGUAUGGGACACGCCUACUCCCGCGCCAAGGUCAAGUUCAGCGUCACCCGCAACGACAACCACAUCAUCCAAGCCAGCGCCACCAUCGACUUCCAGGACAAGGGCGUGAACCAGUUCUUCAUGCGCGUUCGCGAGUGGUACGGCUGGCACUUCCCCGAGCUGGUCAAGAUUGUCCCCGACAACCUGACCUACGCCAAGCUCGUCCUUGCCAUUGGCGACAAGAAGAGCCUCAACGAUGAUAGGCUGCACGACAUUGCUGCCGUCGUUGAGGAGGACGGUGACAAGGCCCAGGCCAUCAUCGACGCUGCCAAGGUCUCCAUGGGUCUUGACAUCUCUGCCGCUGACCUCGAGAUUGUCAGCGGCUUCGCCCAGGCUGUCGUCAAGCAGGCCGAGAACCGCAAGUCGACUUCCCUCUACCUCGAGAAGAAGAUGCACCACGUCGCUCCUAACCUGCAGGUUCUCAUCGGCACCCCCGUUGCCGCUCGUCUCAUCUCCCACGCCGGUUCCCUGACCAACCUUUCCAAGUACCCUGCCUCCACCCUGCAGAUCUUGGGUGCCGAGAAGGCUCUGUUCCGUGCUCUCAAGACCAAGAGCAACACUCCCAAGUACGGUCUCAUCUACCACAGCAGCUUCAUCGGCAAGGCCGGUGUCCGCAACAAGGGCCGCAUCUCCCGAUACCUCGCCAACAAGUGCAGUAUGGCCAGCCGUAUCGACAACUUCUCUGAGGAGCCCUCCACCAAAUUCGGCGAGGCCCUGAAGCAGCAGGUCGAGGACCGCUUGGAAUUCUACGCCACUGGCAAGAAGCCCGCUAAGAACGCUGAUGUCAUGAAGGGUGUCAUGGACAUCAUGGACGAUGGUGGUGACGAAGACGAGGAGAUGGCCGAUGCCCCCGAGCCCGCGUCUGCCAAGAAGUCCAAGAAGGAGAAGAAGGACAAGAAGGAAAAGAAAGAGAAGAAGGAGAAGAAGCGCAAGGUCGAGGAGGAGGAGGAGGCCCCCAAGGCUGACGACGGCGAAAAGAAGAAGAAGAAGAAGAGAAAGUCCAAGGCCGCGGAUGACGAGUAG